AACCAAAAUAAUUGAUGGAAUAAAAAUUAGGCAGGUUGCUGUAAUCUUCUUCUCACAAUGAAGGGAAACCAUGUUCCGCCAUCGCCAUCUUCUCCGAGCCCACAGUCUCACUAACUGCACACUUUAAUUCCAUUCCUCUUUAAUCAUUAUUAUUAAUAUUAUUCCCCACACUUAUCUUCUCAACCAAUUCCACGAACCCAAAAUUCUCCGACCAAACAAAAUGAUCCAAUCAUCUUCUCAGACGGUGCCCGGAGAAGAAAACAGCCGGACCGUAAUCUUCGGGAAGUACGAGAUGGGGAAGGUGUUAGGCCACGGGACGUUCGCCAAGGUGUACCUCGCCAGAAACCUCGAAACCUCCGAGCAGGUGGCGGUCAAGGUUGUCCGGAAAGACCAUGUGGCGAAACAGGGGAUGGCGGAGCAGAUACAGAGGGAAAUCGCCGUGAUGCGGCUGGCGAGGCACCGGAACGUGGUGGAGCUCCGGGAGGUGAUGGCGACGAAGCGGAAGAUCUUCUUCGUCAUGGAGUACGUCCGGGGCGGGGAGCUUCUGGCGAGGGUCGCGGCGGAGGGGAGGCUGGGUGAGGAGGAGGCGCGGCGGUACUUCCGGCAGCUCGUCGGCGCCGUGGAGUUCUGUCACGGCCGCGGGAUAUUUCACCGGGAUUUGAAGCUGGAGAAUCUGUUGCUGGAUGAGGAUGGGGAACUGAAGGUUUCCGAUUUCGGGCUGUCCGCCUUGCCGGAGCAGCAGAGGCACGACGGCCUUCUGCACACCCGCUGUGGCACUCCGGCGUAUGUCGCGCCGGAAGUCUUGAGGAAAAAAGGUUACGACGGAGCAAAAGCCGAUGUUUGGUCGUGCGGCGUUAUUCUCUACGCUAUUCUCGCCGGAUUCCUUCCCUUCCGGGAACACAACGUCGUCUACAUGUACACCAAGCUCCUCAAAGCAGAGUACACUUUCCCGCCAUGGAUUUCCCCUGCAGCUCGGAGUUUGAUUUCCAAGAUCCUAGUCGCCGAUCCCGAGAAAAGAAUCUCGAUCCCGGCCAUAAAGAAAUCCCCCUGGUUCCUCGCUGGCGAAACGCCGGCGCCGAUCCCCGCCUCAAUUCCGGGAACCUCCGGCGACGGCGGGAUCAUGGGUACUCCUCCGUUCUUCAACGCGUUCGAGCUGAUAUCGUCGAUGGCGUCUGGGUUUGACCUGUCGAGCCUGUUCGGCGGCGGUCGGAGUCCGGGGUCUCUGUUCACGUCGCGGCUCUCCGCUCCGGCGGUGGUGGAGAGGCUGGUGGCGGCGUUCGAGGACUUGGAUUUCAGAGUUGUGUGCUCGAAGGAGUACAGAGUGAGGAUGCAGAGGAGCUCCGGUGGCCGGGCGGCGGGAUUGACCGUGACCGCGGAGGUGUUUGAGGUAGCGCCGGAUCUAACGGUGGUGGAAUUCUCCCUGACCGCCGGCGACGCGUCGGAGUAUAAGAAGUUUUGUGAGGAGGAUGCACGGCGCGCACUUAACGGCGUUAUUUGGACAUGGCAAGGUGAAGAGGUUAAUAGCAACUGUCAACGGUAACUGUAUAACGGUUUUUUUUUCUUUUCUACUUUUUGUUGUUGUAAUUAAUUUUUAAAAAAUCCAAAUCUAAAAUUGUGAGAAUAGAAAAUGGGGUUUGUUUGUACUUCUCUAUUGUCUUAUGCCCAUUGAUUGAAAGUAUUUUGGAUAGCAUUGGAGGAGACAAUAAGUGUAAAUGUCCCCAUCCCAAACAUUGUUGAAAUUAAGUUGUCUCUAAUCC